GACAAAUAAAAUGAAUCGGCGAAAGGGAAGAGUAGUAGUUCAUUCAUUUUCUCUUUCCUAAUCAAUUGGAGACCUCCAAUAUUUCUUCUCACUUCAUUCAUACACCUCCAUUUUUGUUCCUCAGGUAGAAGCCCAAAACAUAAAAACAAGAAAAAGGAAGAUCACACAGUCAUGGGUAGAAGUAAGCCAACAAAAUCACAAUCUAAAACUUCAAGAUUGCUACAACCACAAUUUCUUGCCUCAAAAAACAGCUCUGAGUAUUCUUCUCAUGUUAGAAAGAUGGCUCAGAAAGUUGUUAUCACAGUGCAAAUGGAAGCAAAAUCUUUAAAGCAGAAAAAUGAAGGGCCUCCUUCAGAUUGUUGGUCUUGGAGAAAAUAUGGACAAAAACCCAUUAAAGGAUCCCCUUACCCCAGGGGUUACUACAGAUGCAGCAGUUCAAAGGGUUGUUCAGCUAAAAAACAAGUAGAAAGGUGCAGUAAAGAUGCAUCUUUGUUCGUCAUCACAUAUACAUCCAGCCAUAAUCAUCCUGGUCCAAAUUUGCCUAAAGACUCUGUUACACAAGAGCAAAUAGUGGAUCAACAUGUGUCCCUCGAAGACAACAACGAUGAUGAUGAUGAUAAUGAUGAUACACAAAGCUGCAAAUCCCCAUUGAAUAGUACUACUACUGGUACCAGUAUUCCCCAAGGCAUACUUGAAGAGAAUCUGUUCAGUGACAGUUUCUUGGGAACAAUUUCAUAUGAUGAUUUUCUGCCUCUUUCUUACCCUCAACUAAUGAAAUUUCCAAAAUCCGAGUUGUCGGAAGAGAAUGACUUUUAUGAUGAAUUAGGAGAAUUGGAGCUACCUCCAUCUUCUACAUCCUUCGCGGGCAUUUUUGAGGAGGCAAUCCUUGUAGAUCCCUCCUCUUAGUAAAAUGCAGGUAUCAGUCACAGUUUCAGAUAGGUUAGUAGGAAUUGAUUUCUCACAGUCACUCGACUAAUAGUUAUUGUAUGAGAUAAUAACUAUUAGUUGAGUGAUCAUCUGACAAAUCAACCGCUUGUAGUAGUGAACUAUUAAGUUUGUGAAUUCCUUGAUGGAUUUUGUUGCCAUUAUGUCACUUGGCAUAUUGUAUAUAAAGAUAUCACAGGAAGGAGCAUCAAACAUUUUAUUUGAGGGUGCACUUUUGUAGCCAUGUAAAGGAAACUCAGUUAUUUGUAUUUUUCAAUAGAAUGAACAUGUUCAUUUA